GCACGAGAGAGAAAGGCGACGCCCUAAAUGGCGCAAAAGAUUUAACAUCAUAGCAGUGUUACAUAUCAAAUGAAAAAGCGUUGACUUACGAGCACCGAGGCUAAUUGUGACAGUAAAGGUACACAACUGCUCAAGGUUGUUUCGAGCCGCCUUUCAGGAGAGCAUCCAUAUCACCGCGUGAAAUGCUCCCGAUUGACCGAUGUCGCAUAUUCCGCGUCGUGCUUGGGAUAGUGUUUGAUCCCCUCUCUGGUUGCUAGCAUAACGUAGUAUCACUAGCAAAGCUUUUGAGACGAGGACCCUCCCCGAAGCUAGCUUUUAGUAUGCAUCUUGGCUUCCAUUUCUUGAACCCAGGCAGAUCCUUGCGCGGAGAGAGCAAAGAGACCACAGAACAGAGAGUCCUAGACGAGGAAAGAGAAAAGCACCGAAAGAAAAAAACAAAAGAAAGAAAAGAAAAGAAAAGAAAGGGGAAAGAAAAAAAAAGAAGAGUCUCACAGGGAUAAAAUUAGGUCUGCCAGCAGCAUCAGAAAAGUCGGAAGAAGGCACGAAAGAGCAAAGUGUAUCUGAUACCUCUCAAUUCGCCAACAUACGACGGAAAAGCGGAA